UAUUUUUAGAAUCCGCUUAAAAUUGCAACACGUCCACGUACGUUCUGAAAAGUCGAGGAAUUGGCAAAGGUUUUGUUUUAUCUAGGGCUUCCCUCGGUCACCGUAAAUCGAAUUCGCAGCGAGGCAACGCGACGAGUGCCAGGAAAGCGCCGUGUGGUGUAGCGUCGAGCAACGUCGACAAUUUUUCGUGUUCCGAGUUAGAAAUUCCAGUCUGAGCCUUUAGCCAUGGCCAACCCAGCUGCAGGACCCUCCAAGCAGGAGAUCGAGUCGGUCUUCAGUCGCCUGCGCGCCCAACCAGCGAACAAAUCCUGCUUCGACUGCGCGGCCAAGGCGCCCACUUGGUCCUCCGUCACCUACGGCAUCUUCAUUUGCAUCGACUGCUCCGCCGUGCACCGCAACCUGGGCGUGCACCUGACCUUCGUGCGCAGCACCAACCUGGACACCAACUGGACAUGGCUGCAGCUGCGCCAGAUGCAGCUAGGCGGCAAUGCGAACGCGGCCCAGUUCUUCCGAGCCCACAACUGCAGCAGCACCGACGCCCAGGUCAAGUACAACUCUCGGGCAGCGCAGCUCUACCGCGACAAGCUAAGCGCCCAGGCCCAGCAGGCCAUGAAGGUGCACGGCACGAAGCUGCAUCUGGAGCAGACGGAUAAGAGCGAGGGCAACGAAGCCGCCAAGGAGGAGGACUUCUUCGCCCAGUGUGACAACGAGGCGGACUUUAAUGUGCAGAACAACAAUGUCAGCAAGCAGGAUCUAAAGCCACCAGCCACUGCUCCGGUCAUCAGUCUUGAGCCGCAACUGGGUGGGGCCCCCAGCGUAGAUCUGCUCAACUCGGUGGUGCCGGCAGCAGUGCCCUCCUCCAUAGGUGCGCGGAAGGUGCAGCCGAAGAAGAGUGGACUGGGUGCCCGCAAGGUGGGAGGCCUGGGAGCCACCAAGGUGAAGACUAACUUCGCUGACAUCGAGGCGCGUGCCAACGCGGCCAAUGAAAUGAAGACAUCCGUCUCUACGGCACCUGUGGACAAGCCGCAGACGGCCGAAGAGGAAUUGGAGACGGUAGCCAGCAUGCGGCUGGCGUACCAAGAGCUCUCCAUACAGAAGACCCGCGAGGAGGCCAAGCUCAAGACCAUGGACCCUGCCAAGGCUAAACAGAUGGAGCGCCUUGGAAUGGGCUUUAGUCUGCGUGGAUCCGACAUGGCCCACUCUGCUCUCGGCGAUAUGGAGACUAUCCAGCAAUCGGCCGCCCCUAAGGCAAAACUCUCUUCGUUGGAGGGCGAAAGCUUCUUUACCGACUAUUCCCUGUACGGCAACAGCAGCAGCGGUGGAGGGGGCUCUAGCGAAAAGCGGGAAAACUCGGCUGGAGGAACCAGCAAGCUGGAUAAGUUUGAAUUGGAUGCGCUGGGCUAUGAGACAAUUGAGCCUAUUGGCGGCUCCCACAGCAACAUUACUUCCAUGUUUGCCGGCAACAGUGACUAUGACAAACCCAAGACAUUGGCGCCUGCGAAGAAGAGUAGUGGAGCCGCCUCGUCCACUUCCAGUCACAGCAAAGGGCCAGCUAGCAAUGAUCCUGUGAUCGCUCAGCAGAAGUUUGGGAAUUCCAAGGGCUUUGGCUCCGACCAGUACUUCGCCAGCGAACAGUCUUCGGCUGAUGUCAGCGCAAGUUUGAACCGUUUCCAGGGAUCGCGAGCCAUAUCUUCGUCGGACUACUUCGGCGACGGCACUCCUGGCGGCAGUGCAGGCAACCGGGCAUCGUCGGUCAACUUUAGUGCACCCGACCUGGAUGUGGAGAGCGUGAAAGAGAGCGUACGUCAGGGCGUACACAAAGUGGCCGGCCGGCUAAGCAAUCUAGCCAAUGAUGUGAUGACCUCCUGGCAAGACAAGUACGGCUACUGAUAUCAGCGAAACACCCAUAGUAGUAACCCACGAAGAAGCAGCAGCAGCAGUGGUGGCGGAGGAGAGUCUAAUUUUAAUGUUUUUAUAUAUUAGUCACACACCAACCGAUUUGCGAGUUUGCAGUUAUACAGAAUUCCAAGCAGAUAGCCACUUAGUCUAGUAUCAGAGGAUCAAUCUUUAUGCAUGCCUCGUAUCGUUCUUGUAUAAAAAUAACCGAAGAAUCCAAAACAAAAACCAUGCAGUGUAGCCAGCUGUACAAUAAGCGUAGUGUCUUUUAAAUAUGUAUAAAUAUACUGUUCAGAUUAAGGAUGUAAUCGUGUGGAUUCUGUGCGGAGCAUGUUCGCACCAUGUUUUUGGAUUAGAUUGUUUUCCUUUGUUUACAUCUAUUAUGCAUACAAGCUAUAGCAUUUUGCCAAUCUAAAAUUUGUAUUUCAAUAGGCGCAUUUUCAAUUUGAUUUUCGUUUAUCAUGGAAUUAAGUAAGACAGUGUAAAAUAAAUAAACUAGAACUGCACAGCA